GGCGUUCAUUAUGCAAUUCCGAUGAUAAAAUUAGCAUUGGUAGUUAAUGGCACGGCCGCGUGACCGUUCCAUCCAAAUACGCAACUCUGUUCAUUUUGAUUACACACAGCAAUCGGCAAUAUCCAUACCGUUUAAAUAAAUUUCGCACUUCCGAAGGCAGCAGUCAUGGAAAAUCCGUCUCUGUUGGGGAUGCUCAGCAAGCAAGUUGGGGUGAGUCCGGCGGCUCUGAGUCUGCUCCUCUCGAUCUUUGCUGGCUAUCCCCUCUCCAUUAUCCACAGAAAAUUCUUUUACGGAAAACCAGCUCACAUACAGCACCUGUACUUCAUAGUGACAGGCUUAGGUAUAGGAUACUUAAAUUAUGGUACAGAGAUUCUUCAUGCAGUGUUCGCCGUUGUAUUUUCCUACCUGACAAUGGUCGUCUUCCGUGGCAACGAAAUCUGCGUGGCGAUAACAUUCUUCUUUAACAUGAUUUACUUACUCAUCGGAUAUUAUUAUUCGAGUACAUUAAAUUACGAUAUUAAUUGGACGAUGCCUCAGUGCGUGCUAGUCUUGAGAUUGAUAGGAACUGCGUUUGAUUACUAUGAUGGUAAUCAACCUGAAGGAGAAUUGUCUGCGACGAGCAAGAAGUUGGCUCUCACCAAGCGACCUUCUUUUGGGGAGUACUGCGGGCUUAUGUUCUUCCCUGGAAGUUUCUUGGUAGGACCUCAAUUCCCAAUGAGACGUUAUCAAGACUUCGUUGCUGGUAAAUUCAGCUCAACGGAAGGAAAGCCUCCAAAUUGCAUCGACCCAGCGCUGAAGCGUCUUGGUUUAGGUGUUAUGUAUUUAGCUAUAUUUCAAGUAGUCGGUAUUUUCGUCAACGACGAUUUCAUUUUGAGCGAAUCGUUUGUUGAGAUGUCGUUCAUUAAGAGGUACUUCUUGAUUGGAGUUUGGGGCAGAAUCGCACUCUACAAAUAUAUUUCCUGCUGGCUGAUCACAGAAGGCGCUUGCAUUAUGUUUGGUGUAACGCACAACGGCAAGGACGAGGCUGGCAACAUCAAAUGGGAUGGUUUGGCCAACGUGGACAUCGUGAGAUUUGAGACGGCGACCGAGUUCAAUCACUACAUUCAAUCAUUUAAUAUUAACACUAACCAUUGGGUAGCCCAAUACGUUUACAAACGUUUGAAGUUCCUGGGCAACCGUCACUUGAGCCAAGGAUCUGCCCUACUUUUCUUAGCAAUUUGGCACGGCUUCCAUUCCGGCUAUUACACAUGCUUCAUCUUCGAGUUCAUGGUUAUGUAUAUGGAAAAGGACUGGCAGGGCAUCUUGAAAAAGAAUCCACACGUGGCUGCAAUCUUCCAAAAGAAACCCAUGGACACAUUAAGUUAUAUUGCUCUGAGAAUAUACACCUUUGGUUUCAUGGGAUGGUGCAUGAUUCCGUUUGCGCUGCUCACCUUCUCAAAGUAUUGGCAAGCUUACGGAGCGGUCAACUACAUGGGUAUCGUAUUGUUCCUCAUGUGGCCCAUCGUAUAUAGUCCCAUCAUUAAAAUCAUUGCCAAGGCAACAAGACCCAAAGAAACCACUAGUCAAGUCGCUAGGGAGCAUGCAGAAUAAUACAUUAUUACUUUUACCAAUCAUUAUUUCUUUGGUAGAUUUAUACAAAUUUGUAAUAAAAGAAACAAAACA